AUGCCAGGUGCGUACAAAGGAGAGUGUGGGGACGAUGUGGACCCCAUGCCCUUCCUGGCUCCCCCUGAGAAGGAGAAGCUGGAGGCCAUGGCCAAGCCCUACGACAUCAAAAAGUCCUGCUGGGUGAAGGAUGAGAAGGAAGCCUUUAUUGCCGGGGAGAUCCAGUCUGAGGAGGGUGAUCAAGUCACCAUCAAGACCUGCAAGAACACCACUGUCACCCUUAAAAAGGAUGAUGUUCAGCAGAUGAAUCCCCCCAAGUUCUAUCAGGCCAGCGACAUGGCGAACUUGACCUUCUUAAACGAAGCCAGUGUGUUGGACAACCUUCGCCAGCGCUACAUCAAUAUGAGAAUUUAUACAUACUCUGGCCUGUUCUGUGUGACUAUCAACCCAUACAAGUGGCUUCCCAUUUACGGCGCCAAAGUUGCCCAAAUGUUCAAGGGGAAAAAGCGCAGUGAGGUGCCCCCUCAUCUCUUCUCCAUCUCAGACAAUGCCUAUCAUGACAUGAUGAUGGAGCAUGAGAACCAGUCUAUGCUUAUCACUGGAGAAUCUGGUGCUGGCAAGACUGAGAACACCAAGAAGGUUAUCCAGUACUUUGCCAAUGUGGGUGCCACUGGUGGGAAACAAGCCCCAGAUUCCAAGGGCUCCCUGGAAGAUCAAAUCAUCCAGGCUAACCCUGUACUGGAAGCAUUUGGUAACGCAAAAACCACUAGGAACAACAACUCCUCUAGAUUUGGUAAAUUUAUCCGAAUCCACUUUGGACCAACAGCUAAGCUGGCUGGUGCUGAUAUUGAGAGCUACCUACUGGAGAAAUCUCGUGUCAUCUCUCAACAAGCUGCGGAACGUGGCUACCACAUUUUCUACCAGCUCCUCUCAGGAAAGAAGCCAGAACUGAUUGAGGCAUUGCUGUUGACCACAGACCCCAAACAAUAUAUAUGGGUCUGCCAAGGAGUGACUGUGGUGGACAACAUGGAUGAUGGUGAAGAGUUGCUGCUUACUGAUGUUGCCUUUGAUGUCCUGGGCUUCACUCCAGAGGAGAAAAUGAGUGUCUAUAAUCUGACCGGUGGCAUCAUGCAUUUUGGUAACAUGAAGUUUAAGCAGAAGCCAAGAGAGGAGCAGGCUGAGGUUGACACAACCGAGGUGGCUGACAAAGUCGCCCACCUGAUGGCAAUCAACUCUGGGGAGCUGCAGAAGGGCAUAACCAGGCCUAGAGUGAAGGUGGGGAAUGAGUUUGUGACCAAAGGUCAGAACCAGGACCAGUGCGUCUACUCCAUCGGUGCCCUGGCCAAAGCCGUCUAUGAUAGAAUGUUCAAGUGGAUGGUCACCAGAAUCAAUAAGACCUUAGACACCAAGAUGCAGCGUCAGUUCUUCAUUGGUGUGCUGGACAUUGCCGGUUUCGAGAUCUUUGAGUUCAACAGCUUUGAGCAACUGUGCAUCAACUUCACCAAUGAGAAAUUGCAACAAUUUUUCAACCAUCACAUGUUUGUGCUGGAGCAAGAGGAAUACAAGAAGGAGGGUAUUGACUGGGUCUUCAUUGACUUUGGUCUGGACCUGCAAGCCUGCAUUGAGCUUCUGGAGAAGCCUAUGGGUAUUUUCUCCAUCCUGGAAGAGCAGUGUGUGUUCCCCAAGGCCAGCGAUGCCACCUUCAAGGCUGCCCUGUAUGACAACCAUCUGGGCAAGUCCAACAACUUCCUCAAGCCCAAAGGGGGGAAGAAAGGCCCAGAGGCUCAUUUUGAGCUGGUCCACUAUGCUGGCACGGUUGGAUACAAUAUCUCAGGCUGGCUGGAGAAGAACAAGGACCCUCUGAAUGAGACCGUGGUUGGCCUCUUCCAGAAGUCAUCCAUGCCGCUGCUGGCACUCCUUUUCAAAGAAGAGGAGGCUGCCCCAGGGGCCAAGAAACAGAAGAAGGGGUCGUCUUUCCAGACUGUCUCGGCUUUCUACAGGGAGCAGCUGAACAAAUUAAUGACAACUCUGCGUAGCACUGCUCCACACUUUGUGCGCUGUAUUGUACCAAAUGAGUUCAAACAAUCAGGUGUCUGUGACGCCUAUCUCAUUUUGCACCAGCUAGCCUGUAACGGUGUGCUGGAGGGGAUCCGUAUCUGCAGAAAGGGCUUCCCCAACAGGCUGCAGUACCCAGAGUUUAAGCAAAGGUACUAUGUAUUGAACCCCAAUGUCAUCCCCAAGGGAUUUGUAGACAACAAAAAAGCCUCAGAGUUGAUUCUGGCUUCUACUGGUUUAGACAACAUGGAGUACAGAAUAGGACAUACUAAGGUAUUCUUCCGUGCUGGAGUUUUAGCCAAACUUGAAGACAUGCGAGAUGAUCGCCUGGCAAAGAUUAUGACCAUGCUUCAGUCCCGCGCACGAGGCUUUCUCAUGAGGAUUGAGUUCAAGAAAAUGCUUGAGAGAAGAAUUGCUCUCAUUUGUGUCCAGCGCAAUGUACGCAAGUUCUUGCAGCUUCGUUUCUGGGGAUGGUGGAAGCUUUAUACCAAGGUCAAGCCUUUAUUGAAUGUAGCUCGUCAGGAGGAUGAAAUGAAGGCUAAGGAAGAGGAGCUGCGCAACGCAGCAGAAAAAGCCCAGGAGAUGGUCAACAAGGUCAAAGAGCUGGAGGAGAAACUGGCAGUCGUCUCCCAAGAGAAGAACGACCUUGCUCUGGCUCUGGCAGCUGAACAAGAAAGCGUGGCAGACGCAGAGGAACGCUGCACUCAGCUGAUGAAGACGAAGGUCAACAUGGACAGUCAGAUCCAGGAGAUGAAGGAGCGCCUCGAAGAGGAGGAGAGUGCAGCCAGCAGUCUGGGUGCCAGCAAACGCAAGCUGGAGGGAGAGCUCAACGACCUCAAGAGAGACCUGGAAGGACUAGAAUCCACCUUGGCCAAGACUGAAAAAGAAAAACAGAGUCUGGACCAGAAAGUGCGUAGUCUAACAGGGGACCUCGGUCAGAGGGAUGACAGCAUUGCAAAGCUCCAAAAGGAGAAGAGAGCUUUAGAAGAGCUCCAUCAGAAAACUCUGGAUGACCUUCAAGCAGAGGAAGACAAGGUGAACCACCUCACCAAGAACAACAGCAAACUCAGUACUCAGAUUCAUGAGCUGGAAGACAACUGGGAGCAAGAAAAGAAAAUUCGUGCAGAGGUUGAGAAAGCUCGCCGCAAAGCGGAAAGCGACCUGAAAAUGACUAUUGAAAACCUCAAUGAAAUGGAGAGAGCUAAGCUUGAUCUAGAAGAAGUUGUGAAGAAGAGGGACAUUGAGAUCAAUCAUAUGAACACAAAAUGGGAGGAUGAGCAGUCAUUGAACUCCACAUUGCAGAGGAAGCUCAAAGAGCACCAGGCUCGCAUUGAGGAGCUUGAGGAAGAGUUAGAAGCAGAAAGAGCCGCAAGAGCCAAGGUGGAGAAACAGCGGGCUGACCUAUCUCGUGACCUGGAGGAUCUUGGGGACAGACUGGAGGAAGCAGGGGGAGCUACAGUCGCUCAGAUUGAGCAGAACAGGAAGCGGGAAGCUGAGCUGCUGAAGCUGCGGCGCGAGCUGGAGGAGGCCGCCCUGCAGUCUGAGGCCACCGCCUCCGCCCUGCGCAAGAAGCACUCAGACUCCAUGGCCGAGAUGGCCGAGCACGUGGACAACCUGCAACGGGUGAAGGUCAAACUGGAGAAGGACAAGCAAUCUAUGAAAGCUGAGAUUGACGACCUCAACGCCACCAUCGAGUCAAUCCAGAAGUCUAAGCUGAACUCUGAGGCUCACGUUCGUAAGCUAGAGGACAGUUUGGCAGAAGCUAACGCCAGAUUGGCUGAGAUGGAGAGAACCCAGACGGAGCUGAAUGCUAUCAAGAUCCGUCUCUCUGCUGAAAGUGGGGAUCUGAGCCGUGAGCUGGAAGAGGUGCAGAGCAAACUCAGCCAGUUAGCCCGUGUGAAGACCACACUGACCUCUCAGACUGAUGAGCUCAAGAGGCAGUUGGACGAAGAGUCCAAGGCUCGUAGCACAGCAGUGGUCAGCCUAGCCAACGCCCGGCAUGACCUGGACCUGAUGAAAGAGCAGCUGGAGGAGGAGCAGGAGAGCAAGGCUGAGAUGCAGCGCCUCAUCUCCAAACUCAACUCUGAGGUCACCACCUGGAGGACAAAGUAUGAGACUGAUGCCAUCCAGAAAACAGAGGAGCUGGAGGAGACCAAGCGCAAGCUGGCUGCGAGGCUCCAAGAGGCGGAGGAGGCUGCAGAGGCAGCCCAGGCUCGAGCUGCCAGUCUGGAAAAGGUCAAGCUCAGACUGCAGGGAGAGGUUGAGGAUCUUACCAUUGACUUGGAGAAGUCCAAUGCUGCCGCAGCUGCUCUUGACAAGAAGCAGCGCACCUUUGACAAGAUGAUUGCAGAGUGGAGUCAGAAAUGCGAGGAGCUGCAGCUGGAGCUUGACAACUCCCAGAAGGAGUGUCGUGCCCAUAUGACAGAGGCCUACAAGCUCAAAACUGCCUAUGAAGAGUCACAAGACCACCUAGAAACUGUUAAGAAGGAGAACAAGACCUUCCAAGAGGAGAUCAAAGAUCUUGUGGAGCAGCUGGGUGAGGGUGGAAAGAGUGUUCAUGAGCUGCAGAAGGCUAAGAAGAAGCUGGAGAUCGAGAAGGAUGAGCUACAGUUGGCCCUGGAGGAAACUGAAGCUUCUCUGGAGGUUGGGGAGAGUAAAGUGGUUCGCGUCCAGCUAGAGUUGGCUCAGGUCAAAGCUGAUAUUGAUCGCAGAAUUCACGAGAAGGAGGAAGAAUUUGAAGUUACAAGGAAGAACCACCAGCGAGCAGUGGAGUCCCUGCAGGCCAGUCUGGAGGCAGAAGCCAAGGGCCGUGCUGAGGCUCUGCGACUGAAGAAGAAGAUGGAGACUGACCUGAAUGAGAUGGAGAUCCAACUGGAACAUGCCAACAAGAACAACAGUGAACUGGUCAAGACUGUAAAGAAAAUGCAGCAGCAGAUCAAGGACAUGCAGAUGCAGAUGGAUGAGGACGCCCGUCAGCAUGAGGAGCUGAGGGAGCAGUACAGCCUGCAGGAGCGCCGCCUCAGCCUGCUACAGACCGAGAUUGAGGAGAUGCGCAGUGGGCUGGAGGCCUCUGAGCGCUCCCGCAAGCUCAUUGAGCAGGAGCUGGUGGAGGUCACUGAGAGGCACAACGAGCUCAAAACUCAGAACCAAAGUCUGAUCGUGAUCAAACGUAAAAUGGAGGCAGACAUGACACGCAUCGCCAAUGAGAAUGAAGAGCUGAUCAGCGAAUUCCGCGCUGCAGAUGAGAAAGCUAAGAAAGCUAUCACUGAUGCCACUCGCAUGGCAGAGGAGCUGCGGCAGGAGCAGGACCACUGUAUACACCUGGAGAAAAUCAAGAAGAACAAUGAGAUCGCCAUCAAAGACCUGCAGAUGAAGGUGGAGGAGGCCGAGCAGCUGGCUCUUAAGGCUGGGAAACGCACCAUCCAGAAACUGGAGGCUAAGGUCAAGGAGCUGGAAAGUGAGCUUGAUUCUGAGCAGAAGCGACACGUGGAGACCAUGAAGACUCUGAACAAGAACGAGCGCCGACUGAAGGAGCUGGUCUUCCAGACUGAGGAGGACCACAAGACCAACCAGCGCAUGCAGGAACUGGUGGAGAAACUGCAGAACAAGCUCAAGUCAUACAAGAGGCAGCUGGAAGAAGCUGAAGAACAAGCAAACGUGAGCCUCUCCAAGUACAGGAAGACAGUCAAUGACCUGGACGAUGCUGAAGAGAGAGCAGGCAUGGCCGAGUCGGCCCUCAACAAGCUUCGCACCAGGAACCGUGCUUCCAUGGGGAAGGGCUUCACUUCUGUGGAGAUCAUCCAGGUGUCCAAAUCCUCAACUAAGGGUGCUUCCGAGGAGUAG